AUGGCCAUUCUUCGACGUGCUCCCUUCUCUCUCGCGCGCCCGCGGCGCUGUUCGUCGCGCUCGUACCAUGCCACCGCCCCCAACGCUGCCAGGCUUACCAUCGGCAUUCGACGCGAAGACCCCCUGCGUAUAUGGGAACGCAGGUGUCCGCUCACCCCGGACGCCGUCCACGACCUCGUCCACAACGACGGCGUCGACGUCCUCGUGCAGGACUGCAACAGGCGCGUCUGGGGUAUAAACGAAUUCGUCAAGGCCGGCGCGAGACCGCACCCCACGCUCGCCCCCGCGCACAUCAUCCUCGGCAUCAAGGAAACUCCUCUCCCGGAGGUCCUCACAGACGCGCUGCCUGCGCCGUCCGUCGCGCCUGGUGCUCCGCUCCAGCCCCGCACGCACAUCAUGUUCUCCCAUACCCAUAAGGGUCAGAUGUACAACAUGGAGCUGCUAUCCAAGUUUGUCUGUCCGUCUGUUGUCGGAGACGCGGCUGCCCCUCGUCCAGAGCUGCUUCCGACACUCAUCGACUAUGAGCUACUUACUGGCGAGGAUGGGAAGAGGACUGUUGGAUUUGGUUGGUUCGCUGGUGUCGCCGGUACACUGGAGUCCCUGAAUGCUCUCGCACAUGCACAUCUCGAGCUCGGUGUCGCCAGCCCAUUCCUCUACACUCCUCGUCCACAUACGCAUCCGUCCCUGGCCUCGAUCCGCGGUACUCUGAGGGAUGUCGUCGGCGCGCGUAUUGCGGCUGAAGGAACCCCGAAGUGCUUGGGUCCCAUUGUGCUCGGCGUCACAGGAGCGGGAAAAGUUGCUGAUGGUGUCUUGGAUAUCCUGAAGGAGCUUCCCAUCCAGCGGGUCGAAGUUGAAGACUUGCCCGCUCUAGUUAGUGAUCCAGGCACGGAUCUCAGGAAGAUCUACGUCGUCCAUGCGCUCCCUGCGGACUACUUCGUGCAGCGCGACGGGCGGCCCUACGACCGUGCUCGGUAUUAUGCGAACCCGCAGGAAUAUGAAUCUGUUUUCCAUACGAAGAUCGCCCCAUACCUGUCCCUGCUCUUGCACGGCGCAGGGUGGGCACCGUCGUUCCCAAGACUUAUGACUAACGAGCAGCUCACGACGACACUGGAGAAGGCGCAGCAGAUCGGGAUGGGCCGAUUCGCGUGUGUCGGCGAUAUCAGCUGCGACGUGGAGGGCGGCCUCGAGUUCCUCCCGCGCCACUCGACGCUCUCCGCGCCGUUCUUCGCCACCCGCCCGAGCACGCUCCCUGCGCACCUGCCGCCGGUCACGAUGAUGGCCGUCGACAUCCUCCCCACCGCACUACCGCUCGAGGCGUCGCAGCAUUUCUCCAGCGUGCUCCUGCCGUACCUCCGUGCGCUCGUCCGCCAGACGCGUCCGGGCGGGCAGAAGCAGGACGAGCGGGAGCACGCACGGAGAGAGGCGCUGAGGAGGGCGACGGUCGCACAGGGCGGCAGGCUUGCGGGAGAGUUUGCGUGGUUAGAGCAGCCGAUGAAGGUGUGGAGCGCUGGGACCGCGGGUGCCAAACCGGAGAGCUUGGGGCAGCCGAAGAAGAAGGUGCUGAUGCUUGGGAGCGGGAUGGUUGCUGGGCCGGCGAUCGAGGAGAUCUGUAAGCGGCCGGAUGUUCAGCUGCUCGUGGCUAGCAAUUCGCUGGUGGAGGCUGAGCGCCAGACUGCGCCGUAUCCGAAUGCGGACCCUGUGCUGAUCGACAUGAAGGACACGGACAAGAUGCGAGAGUUGAUCGGGAAGGCAGACGUUGUUAUCAGCUUGUUGCCUGUGCCGUUCCACCCGGCGGUUGCGGAGUUGUGUAUCCAUCAGCGGAAACAUCUCGUGACGGCGUCGUAUAUCUCUCCUGCAAUGAGAGCGCUGCGUGAACGAGCGGUGUCUGCUGAUGUUGUGCUUCUGAACGAGAUCGGUCUUGAUCCCGGGAUUGACCAUUGUUCCGCGAUGUCACUCAUCUCUUCUCUUCGUGCACAGAAGAAAGAAAUCGUAUCGUUCACUUCGUUUUGCGGCGGCUUGCCUGCGCCGGAGCAUGCGGACAAUAUACCGCUUGGGUACAAGUUCAGCUGGAGCCCCAAGGGCGUCUUAACUGCCGCCUCCAAUGAUGCGAAGUUCAAGCUGAGAGGCAAGGUCGUGGAGAUCGAGGGCGAGGAACUGCUCCAGGAAUUCGUACCUGACCUACCGAUUUCUAACGUGCUUAAAUUUGAGGGGAUUGCGAAUAGGGACAGCCUGCCGUAUGCUGACGUCUAUGGCCUGCAGCCCCUCUCAGGUAUCAGGACGCUGUUCCGAGGCACGUUGCGGUACCCGGGCUUCUGCAACCUCAUGAGCAUGUUCAAGACCAUCGGCCUGUUGGAGACUUCGCCGCCGUUCAGUGUGGACCGGUGGACCUCACUCGCUCGACGGUCGCUGGAGGCGAAGCUGGGGACGCCGCUCAAGGACUCUGCUUCGUUCUUCUCCGUACUUGGAGAUAUCGUGCCCCCCUCUCAAAAGGACGAACUACUCAACGCGCUGCGGUGGCUGUCGUUGAUCCCGUCUUCUGCUCGGUCAACCGGCGUUGAGGCGCUGCCGCCGCUGCCUGGAAAGCCCGCUGCGCCGAUUGACCUGUUUGCGACCCUCCUGGCGCACAAGUUGCGGUAUCUGCCUUACGAGCGCGAUCUGGUGGUCCUGGCACACGAAAUCAUCGCACGUCCCACCGGAUCGCCUGCGGCUGGCGGGACACAUGAGGAGGUGCACACGUCCUCACUCGUCGCGUACGGCACGCCCAAGGCGUCCGCGAUGUCCCGCACCGUCGGGCUGCCCGUCGCGUUCGCGGCGCUGCAGGUCCUCGACGGCGGCGUCACGUUGAGAGGCGUGCAAGGCCCGACGCAUAGCGAGAUUUAUGGCAAUGUGCUGGCGCGCCUGGGAGAGGCCGGCUUGGGCAUGACAGAGACGGUGCGCCGGAGAGAUGCGCGGACGGUAGAGCAGAGACUGGAGACGCAUUGGCUGUCUGGGCUGUGA